AUGGCUUCAAAGUCCAUAACCGAGCAGUUCAGGAAGAGUGAGAUUGACGAGAAAACUUACACCUUAAUUGACUCCCACUGGGUAGUUCAGAAACAACUCCCAACUUUUCGUAUUCCAAAUGCUCAAGAUGUGUCUAGUAGCGGUAGUUCCCAGUGGCUGGAAGAUAUGAAUACCCUUAUUUCCUACUAUUCGAAUAUCCUAACUAGCCCCUUUGACAAAUUUUGGGUGGAGGUGAAACAUCAAAAAUCGCUUGCAUUAUCAAUGCACGCAUUUCUCGAACAUUGCCCAAGGGACCCUAAACGUUUUGCUUUUCCGAAGAGGUUCGUCGAUUCGGUCUCUCAAUUAUAUGCAUUGGUGCUUCUGAUUCUUUUAAGAGCAUCAAAAUCCACAGAAUCUAAGGAUAUGUUUCUACGGUCAUUUGAACAUGAAAACAUAAUCUACAACGGUGCUGUCUUUGAUAUCCCGUGCUUAAUCGAUCUUGCAGUUCUCUAUGGGAACAGUUUUCCAGACAUUGUAACAACGAUUUUUCGAUCUGUGUUUGGUACGGGCGGCAAAUUUGCAGAUGAUGCGGUUUCGGUUAUUUGCCGUGCUACUACUGUUUUUGAACAGAUAGAAAAGGGCGUUUCGGGAUGGCAAUUCGAUGGCCGACAUCAAUUUACUUCCUCUAACUCCGAUACCAUCGACAUCGUGUCGGAAACCAUUGAUUACAUCGCGAAUGCUGGAAGAAGUUUGGGCAUUUUCUUAACCUUCCUUAGUCCAAUAAAUCCAUCCAUUGCGGAAUUCUGUAUUCAGCGAAAUGUAAUUUCAAGUUUGGCUAAUUUCUACAGCACAACGAUCGUUACUAUUCGUGAUCACAUUCUUCGCAGCAUGACAUGGUCUACCGAAAAGAAGUCUGUGCUGCUGAACAAACUAGCGAUUGCGGCGGCUGCUCUUGUAAAGACGGUACGAGUUGGACUUGUAGAACCGGGUCUUGUGCACAGGAUCAUGCAGAUGACCUUCGAUGGUUCGGACGCGAGCUCCAAUCAAUCUCUCAUGGAGGCUACUAAUACCCUCAUUGCGGUUAUGGUGGAUAUGCUAAACCACCCUGAAUUUGCGACGGCGUAUGCGCGGCUGUAUCCCGUGGACGAUGAAAUCAUUCUUAUUCGGGAAAACGCAAAUUCCAUAAAUGUGGAUAAGGACCAACUGGAGUACUUGCGAAAUGCGUUCUCACGCCUGUUCGAAGAGUCGUCAGCGAAACUCGUCAACAGUGAUGGCGCAGAGGUAGCACCGCCUCCUGUGGAAGAGAUGUUGCGAGGCACGAUGGAUGAGGAACCUCAACCAGGCCCUUCUCGCCCUCCGCAAUUCCUUGCUGUCAAAGCUGUUCUUCCCGCCACUAACGAUGAUCUCAUUGAGCGUUGUCUGGAGUACUACAAUAAUGACUCCCAAUCUGCCAUAACUGCACUCUUAGACGGAUCGGUACCAUUGGGUGUUAGCGAUCCGGAUUCUGUCAAACCGACGACGCAGUAUAGGCCAGAUCAACUCUGGCAGGGCAAGCGACAAAACGAUGUCACGAUGCAGCCCCUCUCAAAGGCGGAACGAGAGCAUAUCAGCCAGUUAGCUGUCAGUGUUUGGGAUGACGACGAUGGCAAUCCCGAAAACGGGGGUGAUGUGGAAAAUGGAGGGAAGGGUGGUGCUAGGUUUUUUGGAGAACGCCAGGUGGAUCUCACCUAUGAAGACGAAUAUGACGAUACCUAUGAUGUGGAAGUGGGGGCUAAAAUGGAGCCGCUGGACGAAGAAGAGGCUGAGAAUGCAGAACUUGGGGGUGCAUUUGAUCAACCUGAAAAGUCACAGCGCCCUGCCUCCCCCACACAGGAUGCGCAACGAGCUGACCGAGGGAAGCAUCGCUACCGUCAGGAGCCUUUUGAUCCGCAACCACGCCAAAAUGUUCUUCCAAUUGAAAAUCCUGAAAAUGUACGUUGGAGACGCCAACAGGCCGCUGCGAACAGGGCAAUGCGAUAUGGUCGCGAUAGGAUAAUCAAACGUUCAGGAGUACCUCCCCAGCUGAUACCACCGAAGUUUGAAAAGAAAUCACCUUCACAGUCCCUGGAUGGGUUGUCAAACUCUGGACGCGGCAACCCAACGAAGACCGAUGGAGAAGCCGGUCCAUCCACUCAAAAUGGACGAGGCGGUUCCAGGUCUGAGCACCUCCGUGGCCAUCGUAACAGCCGUGGAGGUGGUGGUCGUGGCCGUGCCUCUGGCCGGGGUGGCGGCAAUACCUACGCUAAUCGCUUGAAAGAACGGUAUGGUGCCCAUGGCCGAUGA